AUGGUGGUAUCGGAGGAGUUGGAGGAGCUAGCCGAGCUGGCACGAAGCAGCGGCGGAGGAGGAGGCUUCGGUGGAGGCAGCGGCAGACGAGGCGGAAGCAGUCUCAGCCUCAGAGUGGAGGAAACAGCCUCGGUAGACGAAGCAGCCUCGGUAGACGAAGUUGCCUCGGCAGAGGAAGUAGCCUCAGCAGUGGAGGAAGCCUCAGUAGUGGAGGAAGCAGCAGCGGUGGAUGAGGCCUCGCUGGAAGCAGCAGUAGUACUGGAAGCACAUUCAGUACCAGUUGGCUCGGUGUUGGUGCUGCAGGCAGCAAGAGGAGCAGUCAGGUAG